GCCCUCGUGGACCUCCCAUUGUUCCUUAUCAUGACCCUCAUAGGACACCUCCCACAGUUCCUCAUGACGAUUAUUCCAGAGGAGCUAGCGUCUCUCCUAGUACACCAUCUGUUCCGGUUGUAGCUCCUCAUCCUGAAUAUGCCGCCGAAGUUCCUCGCGAACCAUCACACCUAAACCAGUACCAACUCCAGGUGGUUCGGGAAGUUCGUAUCGCAGUAUUACACCGCCUCCGGCCCCCAUGUCACCAAGAGAAGGUGAUAUAGGGUCGAGAGAAGGUUAUCCAGAGUCUGCAGGAGACAUUCCAGGAUCGAGAGGUGAGGCUUCUGAAUCGAGAGGUCGUGAUCAAGAGGCAAGAGCGGAGGAUCCAGGGACAAGAAGAGGGGAUCAGACUCAAGGCCAGGCGACUCCCGUUAUUGAUCAAGGGAUUGCUGAACGGUUCGCGAAUCUUGACGAGUUGGAAAGCAGGCUACAGGAUGUCGCGAGACAUGCCGAUGAGGCAGAGACUGAUCGUGAUAAUCGGUUUAUGCAAAGCGAAGGUGAACGUGAUCGGAUCUUUGGGGAUGCGGAGCGGCGUAGGGAUGCUGAAGCGCAAGAAGCUCGUGAAGCUCUAUUGAGUGCAAUUGAAAGUCGACUCGGGGCUCCGCCCCAACCUCCUGCUGUUGAACCUGUUCCCGAAGCCCCUCCACCACCACCGCCACCCGAAUCAGUGCGUGAAGAUGACGGUCUCUCGCUGCAUUCCAUCCAGGCCGCGACCCAGGAGGCGAUGUCCAGACAUUCCGAGGACCUCCGGGAUAUCGUCAAGAUGGAAAGAGAUGAAAUGAGGGCCGAGUUGGAGAGAGAGAGGGAGCAACAUGAACAAGAGCGUGCCCAAGCUCGAGAAGACCUUGAGCGUGCGAGAGCGGAUCUCGACGCUGAGCGAGCCAAGUUGGUUGAGGAGAAGGAUGCGAGGAUCCGCGAAUUGGAGAAUGAGAUGGCUAGGAUGAGGGAGGAGAUAGAGGCUGAAAAAGCCCAGCGGUCAGCUGAGUUAUUGCAGCAGCGUGAAGAUGCUAGCAAGGAAUUGACAGACGGAUUCACUGGAUUGAAUGCGGGCUUAGAGGCUUUGCAGAAUAUGAUGAACGAGCAGAAGCAGUGCUGUGAAGAAAAGAAGGCAAAGGCUGAGGAAAGGUGGGCAGAGAAAGAAGCGAGGAGGGAAGAGAAGAAAGGUGAUACAGCCGAGAUGCUCGUUCUGUUGAAGCGGAUCGACGAGAUGGUGAAUGAGUGCCGGGAAGAGCAAAAAGCAGACAAAGAAGCUGCUGCGGGCAAGCCUGGUCCUGAGCAAAUUAUUGAACAACUCAAAGAGCAGAAUCGGGAGCAGCAAGAUCUUCUGCGAUCGCUGUCAGAAACUUGGAUGGCAGAAUGUGCUAGACACCAUCAAGAGACUGUUGAUGCGGUUCGCCAAACUGCGAAUGAACAAGUACCGUUCAACGUCCAAGGGUAUCUUGAUGAGUUCAGUAAGGCUUUGGCAUCCGAGGUCCGUAUUUUGCUGGGUGAAGUAGGAAAACUCCGAGAAGAGCGUCGGGGACUUCAACACGAAAUCGGUUUCUUGCUGACCACGAAGUCCAAGUACGGUCCUGGAGGCGAAUUUGAUGCUGACUGGGCGCCUCCUUCUGCCGCGCCGCCACCGCCGCCACCACCACCACCCGAGCCCAUGCCGCCUCCAGAAGUUCCUCCCGCGCGACCUGGUUGGAGGACCGUCAAUGUCCGGCCCAGUAAGAAAAAGAAGAGAGAUAGUGGACCACCGCCACCUGCUGCUCCUCCGCCUGGACCGGAUCCACGCGCCCAAGUACGUUCGUGGGCGCAAUGGCAACCCGAGCCGGGCUUCGUACCCACUCCUCCCACUAUAGAGCCUCAGUUACUCGUCCCUGAUCAAGGUAGUCCGGGGUUGUUUGGGCCAAGGUCACCACGAGGUUCGAUUCGGCAAUGAGUUAGGCGCGGUCUUUGUGCAUUUCAUUAGAUUUUUGCUUUCAUCUACGAAUUAUUUACGUCCAUCUCACGACAUUUUUUUAUACCGUUCAUGCUUAUACCGGUAUGCAUUUAUUCCCUCAUAUUAUGUUUUUCUUGUCUCGUAUGUACAGUGUACACUGCUAAGAAAUUUUAAUGUUGUUUCCACAUCUGACUCCAAGCUGUAAGGACUUAU